AUGAAGUUUUCUACGUCCACCCUUCUCUUAAUUGCUGCUACUGCUGUUUCUGCUAAAGCCGUUGGUAACGCUGACCGCGCAGCUGACGCUAUUGUGGCCAAGAGAGCCGACUCUUCAGACGCAUCUGCUGAAACUGGCGACUCCGCUGCCUCCGAUGACUCCAGUGCUACUGAUGACUCUAGUUCUACUGACGAGUCUAGUGCUUCUGAUGAUUCCAGUGCUUCUGACGCUAGUGCUUCUGACGAUUCAAGCGCUUCUGAUUCUAGUGCCUCUGACGACUCCAGUGCUUCUGACGACUCAAGCGCUUCUGAUUCUAGUGCUUCUGACGACUCUAGUGCUUCCGACAGCUCCGAGUCUGGCUCUUCUGACGAGUCCAGUGCUUCCGACAGCUCUGAGUCCGGCUCUUCCGGAUCGUCAUCUUCUUCAGGUUCUAGCAGCUCAUCAUCUGGCUCUGGAGCUGGUGAGAUGACCAUUGGCUAUGGUCUCGCUUUGGGUGCACUUGUGGCUGGUUCAUUGUUGAUCUAA